AUGCCAGACAUCGAACGUACGGCCUCUCGAGGCUCGGUGGGCCAGGUGCCGCGACCGGAGAAGGGCAUCGUUAUGAGGCCAUUACUAGACCAGACAGAAGAUGAGGACUCGACAUCAUCUGGCGAUGACUUCAACUCCGCGCAGGCCGGCGUGCAACAGGCGGAAGCCAUUGCAUCGACUUGGAGUAGGACUGGUCUUUACAUGGCUUAUGUCGGCAUCGCCCUCCUCGCAACCGCCACAUCCCUGGAAGCCCAAACAACGGGCAACCUAACAAUCUUCGCCACCAGCGCCUUCUCAUCACACUCGCUUGUCGCAACCGUCGGCGUGGUCCAGGGCGUCGUCCUAUCAGUCGCCAAACCUCCCAUGUCCAAGAUCGCAGACGUCUUCGGCCGCUUCGAAGCCUUCAGCCUCUCCGUCUUCAUCUACAGCAUUGGCUACAUCCAGCAAGCCGCCUCGAACAGCGUGCAAACAUACGCGGCCGCACAAUUAUUCUACGCUGCAGGAUCUACUGGCCUGCAGAUAUUGAUACAGAUCUUCAUCGCGGACACCAGCGACCUUUUGAAUAGGGCAUUUGUGUCUGCACUGCCAGAUGUUCCGUUCUUGGCUACCGUUUGGAUAGGACCAGAAUUGGCUGAAACCAUUCUCAAGACCAUCAGUUGGAGAUGGGGUUAUGGCAUUUGGGCUGUCGUGCUGCCGACUGCAUUUUUACCCCUUGGGCUCUCACUCUUCGCCAACCAGAGGAAGGCCGCAAGGCGUGGCCUUCUACCUAAGUCACAGUUCGAGGGCCUGAACACAUUGGAAAUCGCGAAGACCCUGUGGUACGAAUUGGAUAUCUUUGGCCUGCUGCUCAUAUGCGCGGCCUUUUCUUUGAUACUCAUACCACUCACCUUGGCCUCAAGUGCUGGAUGGGAGAACAGCAGUCUGAUCUCGAUGCUGACGAUUGGAUGCCUAUGUCUAAUCGCCUUUCCAUUCUGGGAGCGCAGCAAGCGUCUGGCACCUCGAGCAUUCUUCCCACGGGCUUUGUUUAAGAACCGGACAGUCGUUGCUGGGCUUGGGAUUGCGUUCUUCUACUUCAUGGCCUUCUACCUAUCAGUCUUCCCCUACUUCCAAUCAUACCUACUGGUCGUACAAGGCGAGACCGUGUCCUCAGCUGGCCGCAUUGUGCAGACCUUCACAUUCACUGCGACCAUCACCUCCAUUCUGGUAUCUCUCUCAAUCAAGCGCUUAAAGCGCUACAAGCUCUUCGUCGUGCUUGGUUCGCUGCUCUACCUUCUUGGACUCGGCCUCAUGCUUCACUACCGGACGGAAGGCUCCUCCAUCUUUACCAUCAUCGCUAGCCAAAUGGUCGUUGGCAUCGGCGGUGGCAUGCUUCACGGUCCAGCUCAGCUCGGGAUCCAAGCAUCGGCCAGCCACCAGGAAGUCGCUGCAGCGACUGCAAUAUUCUUGACCAUCCUCGAGAUCGGAGGUGCCGUCGGUAAUGCCAUCUCAGGCGCUAUCUGGACACACAAUGUCCCCGUGAAGCUGGCCUUGUACCUCCCACCUGAGACGCAAGAACGCGCGUCUGAGAUUUAUGGCAACAUCACACUCGCAGCGAACGGCUGGCCGAUGGGCUCACCCACAAGACUCGCGAUAAAUCGCGCAUAUCAAGAGACAAUGAGCAAGAUCUUGAGCGUGGCCGUCUGCGUCGCCAUCCCGUGCGUGAUUUUGAGCUUCUUCAUGAAGGAUUACAGGCUUGAUGAAAUUGAUCAGCACGUCAAGGGCAUCGUCGUUGGUGGCGUGCAGGAAGCGGCUGAGCAUCGUGAUGACGACAAUGCUCCCGGGACGUCACGAAGGAUGUCUUACGACGCAGACGACGAGCAGGAGUCAAGAAGGAGUGAGGAUGCGUUGUUGCCUCGAAAGAACUCGUGA